AUGCCAUAUCCGCAGAAUCUAGAGACUGCUUUGGAAGUUGAGAAUAUUGUACGUCAAAAUGGAAGUGUUCCUGCCACUAUUGCAAUUCUGAAUGGACGAAUUCAUGUAGGGCUAGAACAUAAAGAUAUAGAAAAACUAGCAAAAAUUGGAAAAUCCGCAAAAAAAUGUUCACAUCGCGAUCUUGCACUUGCUGUCUCGCAAGGACUUAUGGGCGCUACUACAGUCGCCGGAACUAUGGUUAUUGCUCAUAUGGCAGGGAUAAAAGUUUUUGUGACUGGAGGAAUUGGUGGAGUUCAUUGGGAUGCGGAGACAACAAUGGAUAUAAGUGCAGAUUUGACAGAAUUAGGCAAAACUCCCGUAGCAGUCGUAUGUGCUGGUGUCAAAUCAAUUUUGGAUAUUGAGAAGACGUUGGAAUAUCUGGAAACGCAAGGGGUUCUCGUUUCCACUUUUGUUGAUAAUAGAAAUAGUAAUGGUGAUGAUGCUUUCGAGUUUCCUGCUUUCUUUACGCGAAAAAGUGGGUUCAAAAGCCCAUCAAAUUUAAAAACCAUCGAAGAAUGCGCAUCAUUAAUUCACUUCAAUUCACUGCUCAAUCUACAAAGCGGUCUGGUUAUAGCGGUCCCUAUUCCCGAGAAAGAUGCCGCGGAUGCUGGGUGUAUACAAGUGGCGAUUGAGAGUGCAUUGUUGGAGGCGAGAAACUUAGGAAUCUCAGGAAAAGAAGUUACUCCGUUCCUGCUUAAGCGAGUGAACGAGCAAACACAAGGGGCUUCGUUAAAAGCUAGAAGCCAAAUUGCAAAGUGUCUUGCCGAGACUUUUGGUUCGUACGAUAAUAGUGGAAAUCAUAUUGAUGAUGAUACGGUUGGCGGCGCAGCGGUAGACAUCACAUCAACACUAAACCCAAAGGCUAAAGACUAUUUCCGCACAUCUAGUCCCGGAAAAAUACGACACUCUAUAGGUGGAACAACUGCUGGUUUACAAAUUUUGGAUGAAAAACCGACGGGUGUGUAUAAUGCCGUUCAUAAGCCAGACGGUGAAUUGUUAUGUGCAGUGGCGGAUAUGGAUUUUGAUAAUAUUUCAGGUGAUUGGAUCUCAGAAGCAAUAAAGAAAAAUAAACCGAAUUUGGUUUGUUUCGAUGGUAACAUUUCAACAGCAUGUAUAGAAUCUAUAAUAGAAACAUGCGAAAAUUUACAGAUUCCAGUUUUUUUUGAACCUACUUCCAUUCCGAAAUCAAAAAAAAUUUUGAUGCAUUUUCGCUCAUUCUUGUCCACGAACAAAAUACACUACAUUUCGCCAAACGAGUUUGAACUUGCCGCAUUGUACAAUGAAGCUGAAUCGUGCGGGUUAUUUGAUUAUACUUUUCAUGAAUGGUUUUCAAAGAUUGACGAGUUUAAUAUUGGACAGCAGUAUAGACAAGAUGUUGAAAAAGUGAUAAGAAAAAGCAACGCAAAGUUAUCCUUUCUUACCGAGAAAGGCAUAUUAGUACAAUCUAUACACCUACUUCCUUAUAUCCCAAACAUUAUAGUAACAUUAGGCAACCAAGGAGUACUACUAGUACAAUCUCUUGCCGAACCUCCAUCGGUCAGGGAUGAAUCGAAAUUCUACGGCAAUAAUUUUGAGAUAAUUGUGCCAAAGAGAGCUCGAGAAAAUGGCGCGAUACGGUUUCGUUAUUUUGAACCAACUGUUAUUGGGAAUGAGGUGGUGGUUAAUGUGACUGGUGCUGGAGAUAGUUUUGUUGGCGCAUUAGUUGCAGGACUUUCUUAUUACGGUGACAAAACUAUCGAUGAUCUUGUUAAUAUUGCACAGAAAGCAGCAGCAUUGACUUUACAAUCUCAUGAUGCAGUUAGCGAAAAAAUUACACCAAAAUUAUUGGAAUUGUGA